CACGACAACAAGUUCAUCUCCUGCACCGCUAGACGCCAAGAUGGAUGAUCUUUACGACGAGUAAGUAAUUAAAAUCACUAUUUGGCUGGAAAUGUAGUCGGGCUCACAUUAUUAUCAUAGGUUCGGUAACUUCAUCGGCGAAGAUGUCGGCUCUGAAGAGGCGUCUGAACGAGGGGCGGAGGGCGACUACGUCUAUGGCGAUGAUGCUAGCGAGGCGCCCGCACCAACUGGCCAAGAAUUGAUGGAAAUUGAUGAUGACGGCCCAUCAAAUGCGAUCAUCCUGCACGAGGACAAACAAUACUACCCGACGGCACAACAAGUAUACGGAGAUGAAGUCGAAGUCCUUGUGCGAGAGGAAGACGAGCAGUUGCUCUCGCAGCCAAUCAUAGCGCCCGUCGAGCAGAAGAAGUUCAACAUCGAAGAGGCGGACCUACCACCUGUAUUCUUCGAGCGCAGCUUCAUGACAGACCUCAUGAACUUCCCCGAUCAAAUACGGAACGUUGCAUUGGCAGGACACCUUCACCACGGAAAGACGGCGUUUAUGGAUAUGCUGGUGUUGGAGACCCACGAUAUCACGGACAGGCUCGAGCGCCGGGUCGGCAAGAAGAGAGACGAGCAGCUCAGAUACACCGACGUCCACGUUGUGGAGCGGGAAAGAGGCGUCUCGGUCAAGGCUUCGCCCAUGAGCUUGGUUCUCCCGAGUUCUAAAGGGAAAUCUCAUCUGGUCAACAUUUUGGAUACCCCCGGCCACGUCAACUUUGUUGAUGAGGUCGCAGCCAGUCUGAGAUUAGCCGAUGGAGUCUGCUUAGUUGUUGAUGUCGUGGAGGGCGUUCAGGUCAACACGGAGCAGAUCAUUAAGCAUGCUGUUCUGGAGGAUAUCCCGUUGACGCUCAUUGUCAACAAGAUGGACCGCCUCAUCUUGGAGCUAAAGCUUCCACCCAAGGAUGCCUACUUCAAGCUCAAGCAUGUCAUCGAGGAGGUCAACACGGUGAUUGAAAACACCAUCCCGGGCAAGGGCGAGGAAAGACGGAUAAGCCCCGAGAAGGGCAAUGUUCUUUUUGCCUGCACGGACAUGGGGUGGUGCUUCACUCUGCAGUCAUUCGCAAAGAUGUACGCAGACACGUACGGCGGCAUCAACACCGAGGAUUUCGCAAAGAGAUUAUGGGGCGAUAUCUACUUCAACCCCGAGAAGCGAAACUUUACCCGCAAGCCACUAGAGACACGAUCGAGCCGAUCCUUUGUCAACUUCGUUCUGGAGCCCAUCUACAAGAUCUUUACGCACACAAUCAGCGACAGCCCCGAGGAGUUGAAGGUUGUCUUGGGCAGCCUCGGCAUCACCUUGAAGCCCUCUCAGUACAAGGCUGACGCUAAGGUGCUGUUGAAACUGGUCUGCGAGCAGUUCUUUGGUCCUUCGACAGGAUUCGUCGACAUGAUCGUGGGACACAUUCCUUCACCUGACCAGUCUGCGGAAAAGUACUUGGAAAAGUAUUACACUGGCCCUCUGGAUACGAAGUUGGCUCAGUCCAUGAAGGUUUGCAACCAAGACGGUCCGCUGGUGAUUCACGUAACAAAACUUUUCAGCACCGCAGACGCCAAGAGUUUUUACUCAUUUGGUCGCGUACUAAGUGGCACAGCUCAUCCUGGCUCGCAAGUCCGAGUUCUUGGAGAGGGAUACUCGAUAGAUGACGACGAAGACAUGGCUAUGGCAACGAUUUCCGACGUCUUCAUCGCAGAGUCGAGGUACAACAUUCCGACGGACGGCGUGCCGGCGGGUAAUUUCGUGCUGCUCGGUGGAGUUGACAACUCCAUCGUCAAAACGGCGACACUCAUCCCGCCGAAGCUUGAAGAUGAUGAAGAUCCUUACAUAUUCAAGCCUGUCACACAUUUCACGGAGUCUGUACUCAAGGUGGCUGUCGAGCCCAUCAACCCGUCAGAAUUACCCAAGAUGCUUGACGGUCUGCGGAAAAUUCAAAAGAGCUACCCGCUCAUUACUACGAAAGUCGAGGAAUCGGGAGAGCACAUCGUCUUGGGCACCGGCGAAUUGUACAUGGACUGUGUGCUCCAUGAUCUUAGACGUCUCUACGCCGAUAUGGAGAUCAAGAUUUCGGAUCCUGUAACUCGCUUCUGCGAGACGGUCGUUGAGCAGUCAGCGACCAAGUGCUACGCCAUCACGCCGAACAAGAAGAACAAGAUCACAAUGGUUGCCGAGCAGCUGGACAAGGGCAUCUCGGAAGAUAUUGAGUCAGGCAAGGUCAAGAUCAAGGACCCUAUUCGCAAGACAGCCAAGUACUUCGAAGACACGUAUGGAUGGGACAAGCUGGCAGCGAGAAGCAUCUGGGCAUUCGGUCCCGAUGAGAUGGGGCCCAACAUUCUACAGGACGACACGUUGCCCUCAGAGGUAAUGUAUCCCUCCACCUUCAGAAAACCAGGCAAUGGACUAACAGAACUCCAGGUCGACAAGAAGCUCUUGACAACGGUCAAGGAGACCAUCCGCCAAGGCUUCAGCUGGGCGACUAGAGAAGGGCCCCUGUGCGAAGAACGUGAGUCCUUAUUUCCCUUACCCCUUGUUAGCAUCCGCCUCCUGUCUAUUGUCUUGUCCUUGGAACCUUCCUGGUAUCCUGCCAUUGGUCCCCAAGCAGGCGGGACUAGCUCCCGGGAGGGUCCUACACACAUGGGACCGGGGUUGGGGUUGGGUUUUGGGCAUGGCUUGCAUUCACAGCGAGACUAUGGUCCCCUCAUCUUACCCCAACCUGUCAAAACAAAACCUGCUUCUGCGCACGAGACCUCAUUCAACAACCAUGCCUUUUAGGAGGGGGCUGUGGUCGACCGGGGAUGGGGGCACGGCCCUUAGCAGAUAUCUAGUCCCCACAUCAGGCCAUUCCCCAGCCUUUGCUCUCUCACCGGUAACCAACCGCUAACGAUACCUGCUCGCUACAGCCAUUCGA